GUUGGCAGUCCAUUAACAGCAUCCUCCUCGAGCUCUUCCUUCAGUCUUCACGAGAACGACAAUGAAGUCCACGAUCGCCUGUGCGGCCUGUCUGUUGGUGUUGGCUGUUGCCGCCCAAGCCCAAUUCUUCGGAUAUGGUGGAUAUGGCGGAUACUACGGAAAUUACGGUGCCUAUCCAUUUGCUGGCGUCCGCGCCACCACGGCCUACACCGGAAUCCCCGCAACUGCCGCCGUCCCCGCCGCCUAUCCCGUCGCUUACGGCUACCCUUCUAUCUCCGCCACCCAGUACCACGCCCAGGACGAGCUCGGCCAGGCCAGCUUCGGCUACGCUCACCCCGGACAGGCCGCCAGCAACCUCCGUGACGGUUUCGGCAACCAGAUCGGCAGCUACGCUUACUUCAACCCGGAAGGUAAGGAAGUCCGCGUCUCCUACACCGCCGACUCCCGAGGCUUCCGCGUCCAAUCCAACAACUUGCCCGUCGCUCCCGUCGACAAUUCAGUAGCACCCCUCCCGGUCCAGGACACUCCCGAAGUGGCCGCUGCCAAGGCCGAUCACGCCGCCGCUGUCGCCGUUGCCAAGUCCGGAGUCGCCCCAGUCACUCCCGUUGCCACCACUGUCGCUCUUCCGGCCCAGGUCCAGGACACUCCCGAGGUGGCCGCUGCCAAGGCGGAAUUCGCCGUUAAAUUCGCCGCCGCUAAGGACGCCGCUAUCCCAGCCAUCCGUGCUAAGCGCCAAAUCUAUGGUGACGAUGCAACUCCAUUCGAAUUUAGAGUGCCCAUUGCCUAUUUUCCUGGUGGCUAUAUAUUUUACCCACCCUCCCACUACACCGCCCCUGAGACCUCUUUGACCAACCCCACACCCGGCCAAGCAACCGCUUAACGUUCGACCAAAGUUUGAACACCAUUUCAAACCUUUUUCAUUCUUCGCUCUGUCUUUAUUUUUUCGAAAUAAAUUUGUAAGGAAAAUCGAAAUUAAUUUCCUUUGUCAUUGCGACCUUCUUAU